ACUUGAUAAGAAAUCUCAAAUUUUUGGCAAAUAGCUCUUCAGAUCCUGAGAUAAGGUUCAUAAAUUCUGCAGAAACCGCUUCCAAAUCUAGGGACUUUGUUCCAAAACUAUCUGGCAUCGCUGGUCGCCAUUUUGACAACAACGGCGUCUUUUCUCAGGGAACGUCUUGGCCGAGCCGAAAAUCUUCUAAAUUUACUAAAUACACUCGAACCGCCCGUAAUAAGGCCAGAAAUAUUGGGGCAUCGUCUUCAAAAUUCAUCAUACAUGCGUCUGUAUCAUUAUUGGCCGCUGGCUAGGUAAGGAUGGACAGCCAGAAGUUUUGUCUGAAGUGGAACAAUUACCAAAAUAGUGUGACAUCAGUAUUUGACAAUCUGAGGCAGGAUGAAGAGCUGGUCGACAUAACUCUGUGCUGUGAGGGGCACAAGAUCAAGGCCCACAGGAUGAUGCUGUCUGCAUGCAGUCCUUACUUCAGGGAUCUCUUGAAGGAGAACCCAUGUCAGCACCCAGUGUUCUUCCUAAAGGACACCUCGUACCCGGACCUGGCUGCUGUGGUAGAGUUUGUGUACAAGGGGGAGGUGAAUGUGGCGCAGUCGCAGCUGGGCAGCUUCCUGAAGACUGCAGAAAUGCUGCAGGUCCGAGGCCUCACUGGGGAUGAGGACGAGGAGCCAGCAGCACAGUCACAACAGCAGUCAUCGAAGCCGUCGACGCCGCGCGGCCCUGGCCGGCCGGCGAACAGCGCGUCGCAGCAGCCCCACCUCAACUCAGGCCUGUCGAAUCGGCCGCGGCCAGCCUCGCCACCGGUCAAACGGCGGCGCCUCUCCAUGUCGCCGGACCGGACCGGUGCCGCGCCUGCCGCCCCCGCCCCCGCCCCCGCCGCCGCCCCCGCCGUCUCCCUGCCGGCCGCGCUACCUCCGCCGCCGCCGCAGCCCCUGCCGCCUAUGUCGCUCUCGGCGGCACCGCCCGCCACCUCCUCCCUGUCUACGGUACACUCGGACUCUGUAGGAUUCCGGUCCGCGGCGGCCGGGACGGCGCGGUCCGAGCCUCCGGCCUCUCCGGCCACCGAGGAGCCGCGGACACCGCAGUCAGCCCCGGCCGGAAUGUCUGCCUCGCGAGACUAUGGUGGUAUCAAAGUGGAGAAGGAGGAGCUGGGCGAAGAGGAUGAUGAGAGUCUCGAGGCCACGUUCAGCCACGUCUCCAACUUUGAGGCGUCCCAGUUCGAGGGCUCGGACCACUCGGCUGGCUCGCACGACAUGUCCGGACUGCUAAGCAGAGUCUCCGACCAGGGUAUGGGAGACCUCUCUGCGAUGGCGGGACCAUCAGAAGACGGCAGCUCACAAGGUGGCGCCCGCGGCCGAGUCAUAUGCCCCGUCUGCGGCAAAAGCUUCUCGAGCACCACAUCUCUGGCCAACCACAAGCCGAUGCACACAGGUCACACCACGUGCAGGCUGUGCGCCAAGGUGUACUCCACGCGACAUAACCUGCGCAUUCACCUGCGCCGCGACCACGGCAUCGAGCCAGACCUGGAGCCAAUGCGGCCGCCCGCCGCAGCUCCGUAUCCGCCCCCGCCCCCGCCCCCGCCCGGGGCGGCGGGAGCAGGCGUAUUUGGCUAAUGGGUGCGGUGCGUUCAUCUGAACGUGGACUGACGGGUCGUCAUUCGGCGAAGGAGGUCUGAUCGAGAUGGCGGCGCUGAUGAAGUCAGGUGUCCCACCGAGAAACGGGUGGUGUUCAGAAAAGGUGCCAGUGUGGACGGCUGGGAAUGGAGAGUUUCGUGCGGUCUGUAAGGUGGCUUUGUGUUCAUGUCUAGCUAGUGAUUAGUGAAUAAGCUGCUGCCGAUCUGUGCAUUUUUCUUUUUCCGGGAUGUACAGAUUUGGGUGUGUCAAAAAGAGCUUAGAACUUUUUCUAGUUUUGUAGACCAGUAUUGUACACUGUGUUAUCUGUUAGGCAUGGCUGUUUGAUACUGCGCGACUUUUUAUGUAGAGUCUUUUAAGCUGAGGCCAGAUGAUCUGAUAUUAUUUGUUCAUUGUUGCACAGCUUAGAAUGGUUAAACGCGUAGAGGCUGUGUAGUGGCCCAUAGAAUACUGCACCUACGUUGCUUCCGCAGCCAAACAAAACGUUUUGUUCUUUUUUUGACUGGUGGCUUAUUUUUAUGCUGUGAAUAAAAUAUAUUUUCCUUUUUAGUUCGCUCUUUUUCUCAUCCACGUCCUUGUUCUUAUCUCCGGUACAGAUGAAUAGCCGAGAAAUAAAACACUGAGGGGAAUCGUGGUGACAAUAAGAAGAGACUGGCAUCCCUCAGGCGAGGGCACCGUUCGACCGAUGGGCGAUGGGCUAUGGCUGGUUUGCAAUGGCUGUCGAUGGGCUGUGGCUGUCGGGCAAUGGCUGGCGUCUAGCAGUGCACUGCGGGUGGCGUGCGGACGGUAGGAAUGGCUGGCGCUAUAGGCUGUGGCUGCCUGGACGGUGAACCGCGGUGAACGGUAGAAAUGGCUGGCAUUAGCCUGUGGCUGGUUGACGGUGGACCGGCGGCGGACGAUGAGCAUUAGCUGGCGCUAGGUUGUGGCUGGUUGGCGGUGGACGGUGGACCGUGGACCGGCGGUGAACGUUGGGUUGACUGGCUGUCUGGCGCUGGACUGUGAUCCUCAUACUGGCGGACAGGCUGGUACAGGAGGCGGGGCGGCUGGUGGGCGGUGGGCUGUGGUCCUCAUACUGGUGGACAGGCUGGUACAGGGGGCGGGAUGUGACUGGCCGGCGGUGAGCGUUCGGCAUUGGACGGCCGGCGGCUGGCGGCGGGUGCUGACCGUGGCGUCCCUGUCUGUUGCAGGCGGACGCCCGCCACCACCGCCGCCGGCCUCCGCCCUCAGCUGCCAGCAGUGCGGCCUGACGUUCAAGACCCCCAGCCGGCUCAGUGAGCACCGCUCCAUCCACCGCGGCCAGACCACCUGCCCGGUCUGUGGCUACGUGUUCACCCGGCGCACACAGAUGAAGAGCCACCUGCGCACCCGACACGGACUAGAGAUCUAGCCGGGCGCUGUGCGAUAGAAGGUUUUGGCCUGCCGGACUUAAGCGGCGCAGAGCAGUGGAGUUGAGAUCUCAUGUGGUGAAACCGUGAUGGUACCAAGUUUACUAUGCGAACUUGAGGUGGAUAGGUGAAUUCAUUCUUGUCACAAGUUGGCUGACUCUGGUAGGAUGUGACUGACAUUGAUACCGUGAUUACGCCAUACAGCGAAGCCAGAAACUAUGAGUUACGGGCUGGUGAUGUGGUCUCGUGCUCCACGGGAUCCCUACUGGGACAGAUGCUAUUAUGUUAGCCGAGCAUUCCUUGUUGUGAUUCGCGUUGGUAUCUUGCUCGUAUAACGUACAUGCUAUAGCGGUCAAAGUUUGAUACAUUCGAUGGGUCACCGAGUAUGUUUGUGUCACCUCGGACCAAUUGAAUGAUACUGACAGAAUAAGUAGGCCUCUGCUGGUGAUAGCGUAGAAGCCUGGCCUCCGCUGGUGCUGGAUGUGCGGGUGCUGGUGCUGGUUUUGUGGUGGUGUCGGUGAGGUGAUAGUGCUGGGUAAUUCUCCGACCAUACGCCCACUGCAGAUUCCGUCUGCGAACGGCGUUAGUGAGAAACCCUCCCGUGGUGCCCUAUGAUAAUGUGAUAUGUCGACUGGCUGGGGGCACAGCUGUAUGUAGGGUAGAUGAGCGUGAUAUAAAACGGUUUAUGUUUUGAUAGAGGAGUCAUUCUGUACCUGCAAUCGGAAUGCAUUGUUGAAUUCACUUGUGCUUACGUUUUAGCGGUUAUAUGCGAUAACCAAUAAAUUCGCUAAUAGGAACUAUGAA